AUGUCAAAUCGUGAACUUACACAAGAUCGACAUGAAUUAGAACGUUUACGACAAACAAUAAGAGAAAUAUCACCUGAAUUACAUCCUGAUGAUAUAAAUCAAUUAAUGCAAAAAUUGAAUGUACUUGAAAUUCAAUGGACUGAUGCUGAACGUAUUAUAAGAAGAUUAAUUGAUAAUUUAACAAAAAAACGUUCAGAAUAUCAUCAUCUUGAAAAUAAAUGUAAACGUCUUAUUCAAUCGUUUGAACAUUUUCUUAAUACUGAAAUCAAUCAUCGUAUUGAUGGUUUAACACUUCAAGCAACUCUUGAUAUAUUUAAAACUGAAAUACGAUAUUUAAUUUGUGAUAAACGACGAUCUCUUUAUGAUUUAAUUAUAGCAGCACGUCUUUUACAAACAGAUAUAACUGAUCAAUUAGAAUUACAAACAUUAAAACAACAAAUUGAUCGAUUAGAACAAGAGAAGAACAUAAUUAAAAAGAGUGAAAUAGUUCUUAAAAUGUUUCAUGAUUUUGAACAAGGUUUAGAAAAUGUUCGUUCAUGGAUGAUGGAUACUAUUGAAACAAAUUUACAAAAAUCAUUAUCAAUAAAUACAUUAAAUUCAAAUCAAUUACGUCCUCAUCAACAAUCUAUUAUUCUAUGGAACAAAAAAGACUCUACCGGGUGUGAUGAUCACAUUUGA